AUGCCGGUUAGCGAAAUCAUCACAGAUCCUUCUCUCCUUCCCGUUCUCCAGACCAGUGCUGAAACACUAUCCCAAUGCCAAAACCUGCUCGCCAUGCUUGACCCUUCCACCUUACCCUCCACUCCGUCGCAGGAUUUCAUCUUAUCCGUAUCAAAACAACAGAAGCUGGUGUUUUCACUCCUAUCACAACUUCGAGGACUCAAUCGCGAUUCCAUCCUGAGUGUUAGAGCCACCAAACAGGCCACUGCGGAGGCGCGGCAAGAGAUUGAUAGGCUACACCUCCACCUUCAGAAUUUAUACUAUGAACAAAGGCAUUUGAAUGGGGAGAUUGCGGCAUGCGAAUCUUACGACCACAAAUACCUCUCUCUUCCCUUAAUACCAGUUGAGGAAUUCCUAAUUAUUCAUCCGGAGCUGGCAGAAGCCGAUCCCAACCAACUCAUGAUUGCACGCAUAAACCACGAACAUGCAGAACGCGAGAAACUAGAGCAGGCCCGACAAGAGCUUCUGAAGCGAAAGCAGGCCUUGAUUGCAGAAAACAAAAAGCGGAAAGAUGACUUGGCUAACCUGGACCAAGACCUUGAGAGGUUUAUUGACGCUGCAAAACCGAUUCAAAAGAUUUUCGAAAAGGAAUACUGA